CCCCCCCGCCGGCUUCACCCCUUCAGCCACGCGCCGCUAGCCGCGAGCUGGCAGGCGGCGUUAGCACGGCCGGUAACCAUCUGCUGAGGGGACCCAACGGGUGGCGGAGUGGGACUCAUGGCCGCGUCCAACCGGAUGAUGCUGGGGCCACUGGUGGGCUCCAUCGAUCAGGGCACCAGCUCCACUCGCUUCCUGGUUUUUAAUGCAAAAACAUCAGAGCUCUUGAGUCACCAUCAAGUUGAGAUAGUGCAGAAAUUCCCUAAAGAAGGAUGGGUGGAACAAGAUCCAAAGGAAAUAUUAAGUUCUGUCCAUGAAUGUGUGGAAAAGACCUGUGAGAAACUGCAACAACUGAACAUAGACAUCACUAAUAUAAAAGCCAUUGGAGUCAGCAAUCAGAGAGAAACAACAGUGGUUUGGGACAAGACAACUGGAGAACCUCUUUAUAAUGCUAUCGUGUGGCUUGACCUGAGAACCCAGGCAACAGUUGACCGUCUUCUCAAAAAAAUUCCAGGAAAAAACAAAUCCUUUUUUAAGUUUAGGACUGGUCUUCCACUUAGCACUUAUUUUAGUGCAGUGAAACUUCGAUGGCUUUUGGAUAAUGUGGAAGAAAUUAAGCAAGCAGUUGGUGAUGGAAGAGCUAUGUUUGGGACUAUUGACUCGUGGCUUAUAUGGAGUUUGACAGGUGGAAAGAAUGGAGGUGUUCACUGUACAGAUGUAACCAACGCCAGCAGAACAAUGUUGUUCAACAUUCAUUCCUUGGAAUGGGAUCCUGAGCUCUGCCAGUUCUUUGAUAUUCCUAUGGAAAUACUCCCAAAAGUGCGAAGCUCCUCUGAGAUUUAUGGCCUGAUGAAAAUCUGUCCUAGCCUGAAAUCUGGAGCUUUGACAGGUGUACCAAUUUCGGGGUGCUUGGGUGACCAGUCUGCUGCUCUUGUUGGGCAAAUGUGUUUUCAAGAUGGGCAGGCAAAAAAUACGUAUGGAACAGGAUGCUUCUUGUUGUGCAAUACAGGUCAGAAGUCUGUGUUUUCUGAGCAUGGGCUUCUAACCACAAUAGCUUACAAACUGGGCAGAGACAAACCUGUUUGUUAUGCACUAGAGGGAUCUGUUGCGAUAGCUGGUGCUGUUGUUCGUUGGUUGAGGGACAAUCUAGGUAUCCUUAAAACUUCACAGGAAGUUGAAAAACUGGCUGCAGAAGUGGGGACUUCUUACGGCUGCUACUUUGUGCCAGCAUUUUCAGGACUGUAUGCACCAUAUUGGGAACCCAGUGCAAGGGGUAUUAUCUGUGGCCUUACUCAGUUUACAAAUAAAAACCACAUUGCCUUCGCUGCACUAGAAGCGGUUUGCUUUCAAACACGAGAGCUUUUAGAUGCCAUAAACAAGGACUGUGGGGUACCACUAAAUCAGUUACAAGUAGACGGAGGAAUGACCAAUAAUAAAGUCCUCAUGCAACUCCAGUCAGACAUUCUCUGUAUUCCAGUAGUAAAGCCAUCAAUGCCUGAAACAACAGCUCUAGGAGCUGCUAUGGCAGCAGGAGCUGCAGAAGGAGUUGGAAUUUGGAGUCUGAAUCCUGGAGAUUUGACAGCAGUGACAUGUGAACGAUUUGAGCCACAGAUCAACCCAGAGGAAAGUGAGUUUCGCUUUGCCAGAUGGAAGAAAGCUGUAAUGAAAUCUAUGGACUGGGUGACAUCUGACAUUUCUUCAAAUGGUGACAGUAGUAUCUUCUCUAGUCUGCCUUUGGGUCUUUAUAUUAUGAGUAGCAUGAUAAUGUUAAUCGGAGCAAAGUACAUCUCAGGUAAUGGUAAUUGAGACCACUUAGCGGACUCUCUGGAUGCAGCUGAUUUUUUUUUUUUUGUUUGUUUCUGUUUUGUUGUCUGAAGAGAUUCCACCACCGGUGUGAUUAUACUUUUUGUAUGACUAAAUCCACUCAUGAAUCCAUCUGUUGCCAUUCUCUGAGUGAUAUCCCAAUGAUACACUGAAACAUAAGUCUUCAGCCCUUCAUUGCUCUGCUCCCUUCCCCAUCAACUCCAACUGCACUGGAGGCCUUUGCAUCGACUAUCUCACAUCGUCCUCUAAAAUUUCACAAGGCCUAGCUUUGAGAAAGUGGGUACAAAAAACACUGCAAAUUGUGAGUAAUGUCAGAUGUUUAGCUGUCCUUUCAGGGUUUUGAUUCUUUAUACAGCACACUGCAGAAGGUUAAUGAUGCACUAAAGAACUUUGUAAACAUCACAGCAAUUCUUCCACCUGAUAUGAAUUACCUUUUAUAUGUCUAUGGUUGCCAAAGAUUUUUCAUUGUAGUGACCACUGGUCUGAAACACCUUCAGUGGUACAAACCUUUUAAACACUAGCUCAAAAUAUGUUGCCUGUUGCACACCACCACCAGUUUGGCGAUGAAGAGGUUGCUGAUGUGGUCCGCAGAGUACUGUUGAAAUGAUCAGUUACAAAGUUUAAAGUUUGUUUUGGCUUCUGUAGGUAGUCAGUUUACCCCUUAUGAGUAUUUAAGACAGUAGUUCCUGUAGCUGUUCCUUUAAAAGAGGUAGGAGUAAGUAGGUGUUUUUGUUAAGGCCAUGUUUUACAUUCUUGCGCUUUUCUGUUAGUUGGAAAGACAAAUUUGAUACGUCUUGAUAGGACAGCUUCUUGGCCCUCAGCAACUGGUAACUUCUACUGUGUACAAUGCACUUCUCUUGAUCAAUACUGCAUACAUUCUGUCAUCCUGCUUAAGGAUAUUUUAGUGACUAUUCACUAAACUUUUGAAAGUUGAAGCUAACUUAGUUUUCCUUAAAGAGGGUCCACUUCAAAUUAAAUAUUAGUGCUUUAGUUCUUGGUCUCAUUUAGUAGUAUCUCAGGGACCAAAAUCUCCCUUUUAGUUUUCACAUCCAUAGUUUUAAUAGCAAGUUGUUGCGAAAUUUGCUGGGGCAACCUAAAGUGCACUUGACACCUGAAAUGGGCCACUGGAAUUCACGGGCAAUGUGCAUCACAAUUGAGUUGCAUCCCCUUUGAAACUUUUUGCCCUCCACAGGUAAGAGAGUGAGGCAAUAAAUCAUUUUAUCUUCA